GAAAAAAGGAGAGGGAGACAAAAACCGUCAAGCACUUUGCUCGACCUUGACAAUGGAGCAGCAAGAAGAGCUGGCGCUUGCGCUGGUGCGCGAGUUCCUGUCCUCACACGGCUUGAAGAAGACGGUGCGCAUGCUGGACAAUGAGAAGCCACGAACAGAGGCGUCCAUCACCCGGAGAUCAGACAUCGCACGCUCUUUGGGUAUUCAGACAUGGAUCAAGCAGAACAAGGCUCGCCCAGCCCCUUUGCCCUCCAUGUUGGAGGUGAUUGCUGAGAACGUUGCCACUCAGCAACAAGGCCAGCCAUCUGCCCCACAGAAGUCCAAGUCGACCAGUGGGGCAUAUUCGGCUGCAAGUGUGACGGAGAGUCUGGGUAUCGGCAAAUUGUCACUGGACAGGCCAGCCAAGUCGCGCGUCAGUGCACGUGCAACCGCAGCUGCCGUGGAGGACCUCUCAGCGCCACGCCCCAUCACACGCAGAGGGGUGGCACGUGUGGCUGGUUCUGCGGGACAUGACAGCAGCGACAGCGACAGCGACAGCAAGGACGACGACCAAGCACUGCGCCCGUCACGCACCGCAACCAAACCCACAACAGCACCACCACCACCACAGCCACCGCAGUCUGCAACGGUGCCAGCACGUGCGCGGGCAACGGCGGCGGGGCGGCGGGUCCGUGGUCGUGCGUCCCCUUCAGGUCUCGUCAUGGAGGACGUGGACGAAUUGGAGAUUGAGGACGAGUUUGGCGCCUCUGUAUCCGUUGGUGGCGCGCGGCGGGCACGACCAGCUGCUCCGCGGGUCAUCUCGAGUGGACGAUCACGGCCGCAGGUGACGGCGUCAGCGGCGCGUGGCAGGACCAUCGGCGCAGACGAGGCCGUGAAGCUGAAGCGGGUAGUGUUUGGGUCGUCGCGGAGUGCCUUCAACGAUGCAUGGCUGCGGCAGAACUUUGUGUUCAACAGCACUGUGAAAGGGUUGCAGUACGGGCUGGUGCAGCACGAGGGCGGGCCCUGUGGCGUGCUGGCCGUUGUUCAGGCAAUGGUGCUGAAGGAACUUCUCUUUGGCAGCAGCCCACCAACGUUGGAGCCGACACCCGAGCAGCAACAUGACGCCCUCGUCGCAGCAAUCACGUCCAUCCUCCUUCGAAUCCAGACGGAUGGGGAACACAUUCUUGCGGUGGUUGGCACGAAGAAGGCAGCAAACCUCAAACCUUCGUUCAAGUGCGAUGGCGUGACAGAAAAGUUGACGCUCAUCUCCUGCACGUCUGAGUUUGACCUCAAGCGCGCCGUCAAAGAGAACAUCAACCAGUUUACGCGGGACGGAGCACCAGGUGCGAUUCUUCUCCUCUAUUCCGCAGUGCUCACACGCGGGCUCUCAAGCAUCCGGGAUGACAUGGAUGAGGACGGAUCCAAGCUGAUCGGAAGCCACUGCUACUGUACACAGGACCUCGUGAACCUGCUGCUGGUUGGGUACGCAUGCUCCAACACGCACGAUGGUGACAAGCGGCUUGGAUCCGGCAAGGACGUGCUCGUGCUGAAAGGAAUCCGCAAGCAGUCUGACAUUGGCCUACUCUCCCUCUUUGAGCAUUACGGCUCCUGCGAGGUUGGGCUGAACUUCAAGAGCCCGACGGCGCCCAUCUGGAUCAUCUAUGCCGAGUCGCACUUCACGGUCCUCUUCUCCCGCUCAAAGGCCCUCGCUUACUCCUCGCCAUCUGCGCCCUUUGACAUUUGUUAUUACGACCAGCUUGCGGGCUUGGAACAGCACUACAACAUCCAAAUUGAUCCCAGCGCAAAUGUUCCUCGCCCAGAUGAUAAGGAGGUGCUGCCGCCGCUUGAACACUGCAUCCGCACAAAGUGGAAAGGUGCAGCUGUGGACUGGCGUGACUGCGAACCGCUGUAUUGAACGAUUGAGUCUCAUAUAUGUGGCUGUCGCGUGUUUGUGCGCGCGUGUACCCGCGAGCAUGCGUUGUUUGACCCGGCUUUACUCCAACCUGUUCAUUCCUCGAUGGAACCCAAAAUUUACAGUUUCGAGAACACGCA